AUGAGUGCCACAGCAGACAAGGAGUUUAAGGACAUUCCAAAGAAGUACAUCAACCCUUUGGCCGAAAAGGAAAUCACCGAAGGCCCCCGGGUUAACGGAAAGAACUUUAAGAUCAAGAAAGAUGCCUUCAGGGUGCGUUCUCUUGGUGUCAAGAAGCUCAACACAUGGCAAUUAAGAGAAAAGAAGAAACUUGAAGAGGAGCAGUACAAAGCUCGUAUCAAGGAUCUUAAGCAGGAGAAGGAAGACGAAAAGAACCUGAGGGUGGCUGAGAUCAAGAGAAGAAGAGAGAUCAAGGAGGAGAAGGAGAGGUACGAGAGAAUGGCCGAAAAGAUGCAUGCUAAGAAGGUGGAGAGAAUGAGAAAGAAGGAGAAGAGAAACAAGGCCUUGAGAGAGCGUUAA